UCCAAAAUGUGGAGUGAAGUGCAAGGAUGGAGUGAGAUACAAGAUCUGAGAGGGUGGUCUGUGCACGGGCCUCAACCUCAGGCCAAGCAUCGCGAGCUUUCGUCCCAUCUCUCCUCCACCAAUGUGCCUCACGGCGCCGCUAUGUACAUGCUAUCUCACCAAGACGCAGACGCUUAAUUCCGCGUUCGAAGAAAUCAGAUACGUGGUCCCAACCUUCCCCGCACUUUCGGGGAGCCUCAACGCGUUAUCAUGAGCGACAAACGAAACAUGCUGCAGGCCCGAUCUGCCAUGCCGUCGAAGUAUCUUCCCUUGCUCUCAUUCUCCCUUUUCUCAAUUCUCUGUCAAUGCAAGAGAACGAAUAUCAGCGUCUAUGAUGCAACUCAGGGGACUUCGAGGUUUCGCCCCAGGUUGGGGUGCAUCUUUCAUAUCAUGUAUUUACAGACUACCUACAAUAUUGGCCAAGGGAGUACUGCCACAAUUACGCUCUAUUUUCUAGAUAUGAUUAGUAAUGGCCUCUAUUGUGCGCUAUUUCACUAUUGCACAUGCUCACAAUUCCAAUUCACCAGCGGCGGUGGCCCGCGCUUCUUCCCGUCAUCUAUUAAAAAAUCUCAAGCACGCCGCGACUAAGAUUGUUCUCCAAAUGACUACUGCCCGCGGUCACGGCACAUCGCACCUCACACUCUUUAUCUACCUCCAACCCCUCACCAUCCUCCCUCCUCCCUCCAUU